AUGAAUUUCUUUUUGCUGACCGUUCAGAGCGUUGUCACUGUAUGCUUAUUACAGCUAUUUCGAUUCUUAAAUUUGAUCAAACACCGUGAAUACGAUAGUGAAGAAGCAAAAAAAUGGUUCCCCAUUGUCUUUUUUUUGGUGGUCAUGAUCUACGCAGGGUCUAAAGCACUUCAGUUUCUCCCCAUCUCUGUUUACACCAUCUUCAAAAAUCUGACCAUCAUUCUUAUUGCCUAUGGCGAUGUCUUGUGGUUUGCGGGAAGUGUUACGGCAUUGAUUCUCAUAUCAUUUGCAUUGAUGAUCUUAUCGUCGGUAAUUGCAGGCUGGAAUGAUAUAUCCAAUGCUAUAGGUUCUUUGUGGAUGGGAUAUAACAAUGCCGCUAGUUUUGCGAUCAUGGGUUACUUUUGGAUGGCCGUCAACUGUAUCUCUACUGCCGCAUUUACGCUAUAUAUGCGAAAGAGGAUCAAGUUGACCAACUUUAAGGAUUUUGACACAACGUACUACAAUAACUUGCUGUCGAUCCCCAUCCUACUGAUACCAAGUUUAAUUCUUGAAGAUUGGUCUUCCGAAAAUUUGACCCUUAAUUUUCCACCGGAACAACGAGAAGGGCGUAUAUGGGCCAUGAUCUUUUCCGGUGUUUCGGCAUUCGGCAUGUCUUAUACAUCGGCGUGGUGCAUGAGAACAACCUCGUCCACGACCUAUUCCAUGGUGGGAGCGUUGAACAAGCUGCCCAUUGCGAUAUCCGGUAUUUUAUUCUUUGGCGAUCCUGCAACCCUCAACAGUGUGACAGCCAUUGGACUGGGAUUCAUUGCCGGACUCAUUUACUCCUACGCCAAAGCCUUUCCACAAACAUCCAAAGAAGCAAGCAAUCAUCUGUCCAAGUGGUCUUUAUCGUCUGUAGUAUCGAAUACAGAGGAUGAAAAAAAGUGA